AUGUCCGUGGGGUUUGGCUUCUCUGUUGGAGACUUUAUAGCAGCCCUUCAGCUUAUGGGCACUGUUAUCGACGCCCUGCGCGAAUCUUCCGAGGCGAACUCAUCGAUACGAUCGGUGAUUAAUGAACUUUACGCACUGGAAUCAGCACUAUUGCACGUUAAGCGUCUAGAUACUGGCAUCAAUCAGAUUAGUCUGACUGCACUGCGAGAAGCUGCAUCACAAUGUCAGCUCACAAUUACCGAGUUUUAUAGGAAGAUCCAGAAGUACCAAGUCCAUCUACAACAAGGUGGAACGAACUCCAGCAUAAAUGACACAUGGAUGAAAAUCAAGUGGACGAUAUGUAAAAAGGAUGAUGUGGACAAAUUUCGUGCCGAGAUCAGGGCCCAUACAUCCACCAUUCAAAUUUUGUUGUUUACUGUGCAAAUGGAAAUGAUGACAGCCCAGACUCAAACGCAUAUCGUACAGCGCGAAGGGCUCGCCAGCCGGAUUCAGGACUUCUCAUGCAAAGUCAUGGGUCAGUUGAGUACGAUCACCAGGGACCUAGCAGAGAGCAUUCAGCAAGGGAAAGCGCUCAUUGAUUCAAGUGCUCAAGUCGUUCAAAUCAAUCUGCGUAUCUUUCAGAUCGUGCAUGAUAUCCACUUGGCCAUUCUCAAGAUUCCGGGACAGAUUCAAAGACAACAACCAAUUUAUCUCACUGAUCCCUUGAAUAGAGAAAGUCCAUUUCACCUAGAGUUUGUGAGGUCACCCGAGGCGCUACUGGCCGUGCUCAAGAGCAACCUCAGAAGCUCAGGGUGUGGUCCAGCUAUGAUCGAUCGAGGUGAAUUUGCCAUCGAAGAAUUGGGGACACAGAAUCCGAUUGACCUCAGAGGGCCAUGGGAGGAUUGUUUCUAUCCCGGACAGAGAGUUGUCAUGAGCAUGAUCUUCAAGCAGCAGCAAAGGCAGCCCAGCACUACAUGCCCUCGAUGUCACACAGGGCACCAAGAGUUAGCUGAAAAAGAUAUCACCUGCAUCACCUGUGGCACUGUCUUUCGUCGCAUUAAGGAGGUUAUUGAAAAUGCAAUAGCACCCAAUAUUGCUGACUACACCCAUGUGAGAGAACCCCUGGAGAAUACAUCAAAGGACCUCCAAAAGUUCCGGCGCAUCCAGGUCAUUACUAUAUCAAAUACUCAAAAAUCACGCGAGCGUUCUUGGAAAGAAAACGAAAAUAUGACAGUCACCAUGAAAGGAAUGACAAUUGGGUAUACCGAGGAAAGCCUCGCUGGCAAGUCCAUCACCAUUCGCACGGGCGAUCGAGGAGCUGUGCAUUUUAAUAUUACUGAUGGCUCCACACUUCGGCGCAAGGCAUACUCUCAGGGGUCCUCCUACUCUGAUCAUACGCAUACGGACAACUCUGGCCGUCAACUGCUGGAGGAUGGACGACGUGCUGUAAGCGAACGAGAUGAUCGACGGUUCGAAAUGUCUGUUCAUCAGUCUAGGCCCCGAUCAAGCAGGUCUGGGGGUUACAGCAGAAGAUAUUGGGUCUAA